GGGACAGAAGCCGAGAGAAUUUACGCCGAGGGGCCGCGGGCAGGGGGAGAUGGCGCUCGUGCAGAAGUUGUAUGAAACCCCCGCAGAGCGGCUGCUUGCCUUCGUGGAGCGGAGCCUCCAGCCCGAGGGGGACUGGAAGGAGGAAGUGAAGGAUGCCUGGCAGAGAAUCGAGCGUUUCUUCCGGGACCAGUGCUUCCGUGAUGAGCUGGUUCUAGACCAGGAAGUGAGGGUGCUGAAGGUGGUGAAGGGUGGCUCUUCUGGGAAGGGGACAACGUUGAACUACAGCUCUGAUGUGGACUUGGUUUUAUUCCUGAGCUGCUUCUCUAGCUUCCAAGACCAAGCAGCACACCGCAGAUCAAUCAUCAGCUUCAUCAAGAAAAGGCUGAUUCAGCAUAGCAAGAACCUGGCCUACAGCAUCACCAUCGUCCCUCAGAAAGAGACAACCAGGGUCCCCCGCUCCCUGUCCUUCCAGGUCCAAGCCAGAAAGACCAGUGAAGUCAUUGGAGUGGAUGUGCUCCCAGCUUAUGAUGCUCUGGGACAUUUUUCCUCCGACUUUAAACCAUCACCAGAAAUCUAUGAAGAUUUAAUAACCAGUGGUGGCCCCCCAGGGGAGUUCUCGCCAAGCUUCACAGAGUUGCAGAGGCACUUUGUGAAAAGUUGCCCUGUUAAGCUGAAGAACCUCCUACGGAUGGUGAAGCACUGGUAUCUGCAGUGCUUGAAACCUAAAUAUCGAAACGCAGCAUUGCCCUCCAAAUAUGCAUUUGAGCUAUUGACUAUCUACGCCUGGGAAAUAGGUACAGACAAAAGCGACAACUUCAACCUGGAUGAAGGGUUUAGAGCUGUGAUGGAACUCCUCCUAGAUUAUGAAGACAUCUGCAUAUAUUGGACCAAGUACUAUGAUUUCCAAAAUGAGACUGUCAGAAUCCAUAUCAAACAACAGUUGAAAGAAUGCAGACCAGUUAUCUUGGACCCAGCCGAUCCUACCAACAACCUGGGAAGUGAAAAGAGAUGGGAUCUGGUGGCCAAAGAGGCUGCUCGCUGCCUAAGACAGGCCUGCUGCAGGACCGAAGACCCCAGCCAGGGCUGGCACGUACAGCCAGCAAGAAAUGUCCAGGUGCUGGUGAAAAAGGCAGGAGAGGAGCCCCAGACAUUCUCAGUGGACCCUCACAGUCCCAUCUGGAAGAUGAAAGCAGAGAUCAAGAGGACGUUUGGCUUCUACGGGCAGCAGCGUCUCUCUUUCCAGGAGCCAGGAGGGGAACGGCAACUGCUCAGCAGCCAGCAGACACUUGCACAUUAUGGGAUCUUCUCUAAAGUGAACAUCCGGGUAUUAGAGACCUUCCCUUCUGAGAUCCAGGUCUUCGUGAAGGACUCUAGUGGCCAGAGCAAACCUUAUGCCAUCUACCCUGAGGACUCCAUCCGUGACUUGAAAGAGAAGAUUGAGGAAGCCGGAGGACCUUACGUGGAGGAUCAGAUACUAAAGUUCCAGAAUCGGAGACUGUGGAAUCACCGCAGCCUCUCAGACCUACAGAUCAAAGACUGUGACACAAUCACACUCAUUAGGAGAAGCCACAGGUCCCCAGGACUACCCAUGAUCAGACUUUUUACAUGAUGUAGACUUCUAUGGCGCUGUUCUCUCACCUACCCCUUUCUACCCAGACGACUGUGAUUUUUGGAAGCAUAAAUAUGAAUCUAUCCUUCCCUGCAUGAUGUCC